CCCUUUCCUUCUGGGAAGCUCGGCGCGUGACUGACAGCUCGCGGGGGCGUCCUCCAAUCGCCGCGGCCGACGGGGUGAGUCCUGUCUCCCAUUGGCUGGCGGGAGUGUGGGAAAGAAUGUGGAGAAGGUUUCACACGAAUUGGGAGCCGCCGGCGGCUAUAAAGGCGCAGGGGGGUCCCUGAAGUCCGCCAGCAGCCAGCCAGCCGCGGCGGAUGAUCUGCAGCUGCAAAAAGGAUCAAGCCAAGCCACCGCUGCGUCGCGCGUAGCGCUUCCUCGCCUCCUGCCCUCCCCGUGGCAGGCACCGACGCCCCUUCCCCCUGAUGUGUGGCCAGCCAGGGCUCUAAGCCUGGGAGCCGACCCGAGAAGCCGCCGCCUGGGCUAACCCACAUCGGAUAUAUACGGUUUCCAACAGAAGCAGCCCACCGAUCCAAGGUUUGGAGGCUUGCAGCGCGCUUCUUUCUUGCCUGCCCUCCCCAAAUUUUUGCUUUUGCAUUCCACUGCAAAGAUGCCGGCUGAUACCCUGGAAAAACCUACCGCCUCCCCCAUCGCAGGGGCGCCGGCCAGCUCCAGCCAAACCCCCGAUAAACCCAAGAGCGCCAGCGAACACAGAAAGUCAUCCAAACCCAUCAUGGAGAAGCGACGGCGUGCCAGGAUCAAUGAAAGUUUGGGCCAGCUCAAGACGCUUAUCCUAGAUGCCCUAAAGAAAGAUAGCUCUAGGCACUCCAAGCUAGAGAAAGCUGAUAUCCUGGAAAUGACAGUUAAACACCUGCGGAACCUUCAGCGAGCCCAAAUGACAGCCGCCCUGACAGCUGAUCCCACCGUGCUGGGCAAGUACCGGGCCGGAUUUAAUGAGUGCAUGAAUGAAGUCACUCGUUUCCUCUCUACCUGCGAAGGGGUGAACACGGAUGUCCGCAGCCGGCUGCUGAGCCACCUCUCGGCUUGUCUGGGUCAGAUUGUGGCCAUGAACUACCCGCCCCCACCGCCUCCUCAAGCCUCAAGUGGACAGCCCGCACAUCUGGCUCAGCCUCUGCAUGUCCAGUUGCCGGGUCCGGCCGCUGGAGCCGGAGGCAUGCCGGUGUCCUGUAAACUGAACCCUGCUGAAACCUUGUCCCCAAAAGUCUAUGGGGGUUUUCAGCUGGUGCCGGCAACGGAUGGCCAGUUUGCUUUCCUCAUUCCCAACCCGGCCUUCCCGCCUGGCACCGGGCCAGUGAUACCGCUCUAUGCCAAUGCAAACAUGCCAGUGUCUUCCGGCAGUUCGACAGCGACUCCUUCGGUGUCCCCAGUGCAAGGACUCACAUCCUUUGGGGGGAGUUUAGCACCCGUGUCCCAGGCGGGAGGUGACCGGAGUGAAUCCGUCUGGAGACCGUGGUGACCCCCUUUUAACUGCUCCCCUUCCCCGAGACCCUGAAAAUAUCUGAAUUUGGUUCCGUUGUAUGGAACCUGGAUUUGUGUGUGUGUGGUUUUUUUUAAUUUUAAUUCUUUUGAAAUUAUUUAUUCAUUUCCAAAGGAUGGGAUUUUAGCUUGUAUUUUUACUUCUUUUUUAAAAAAUAAAAUGUUGGUUAUGUGACAUACUUCUCUUAAAAAAGAAGAAAGUCUUAGUUUUGUAUCAAAUAUUCCCACAUACUAUGCCAAAGCUUCUUUUUGUGAGUCUCUGUAUGCCUGAGCUUUUUUUAAAAAAAUGCUGGAAGGUGUUUGUACAAAUAAAAACUUUCUUGAUGAACUAGAAA